CUCUGUUGAUUGUGCUUUCAGAGAGAAGAAUACAUAGAGAUAUCAAGCAAUAUAUAACAUCGAACAAAAGCUGCCACUUGUUUUUGUAGCAGAAGAGGAAAUGGACCAGACUUUUUGCCAAAUUGCAAUUACCACUUUGGUGGGAGAAAAUGUCCCAGGAACAAAAACCUGCAGUAGGUGAUGCACCUCUACCAGCAUUACUCAAAAUUACCUUUUCUUUUGUAGACUCCAUGGCACUGAAAUGUAUUGUGGAGCUGGGCGUUGCUGACAUCAUCAACUCCCAUGGCCAUCCAAUCAGCGUAUCUCAAAUAGCUGCCCAUUUUGGUUCCAAGUCCCCUGAUCUCAGGUGCCUGAAACGUGUCAUGCAGGUCUUGGUUCGGAGAGAUUUCUUCACUACAGUUAAUGCUAACCCCACUGAAUUUGGUGAAGAUGAUACCCUUUAUUGGUUAACACCAGCCUCUAUGCUACUCUUACAGCAUGAUAAUGAUGAUCUAAGCUAUUCUCCUAUGGUUCUUAUGCAGCAUCAUCCCCACUUACUGGCUGCAAUGCACCAUCUAAGCGCUGCAAUCAAAGGAGGUGGGAUAGCAUUUGAGAAGGCUCAUGGCUGCCCGAUUUGGGAUUUUUUAUCUGCUGAUCAAGAAGUUAAUAGGCUGUUCCAUGAUGGAUUGGCAUGUACGGCAAAGAUUGGAUUCAGGGGUAUUGCAUCACAAUAUGUAGAUGUGUUUGCAGAUGUUAAAUCGGUAGUAGAUGUAGGCGGGGGAACUGGAGCUGCACUAAAUGAGAUAGUAAAGGCCUAUCCUCACAUCAAAGGUAUUAACUUUGAUCUGCCUCAUGUCAUUGCCAUAGCUCCAAAGUAUGAAGGUGUUACUCAUGUUGAGGGUGAUAUGUUUAAGGCCAUACCUACUGCUGAUGUUGCUAUCUUAAAGUCAAUUUUACACGAUUGGAACGAUGAAGAUUGUAUAAAGAUCCUGAAGAACUGUAGAAAAGCGAUACCGGAAAAAACAGGAAAGUUGAUAUUGUUUGAAACACUACUUCACCAAGAGGGGGCAGAGUCAAUGGAAGGCAUAUUACUUGCAUCAGAUUUGUUGAUGAUCGCACAUACUGGUGGGGGUAAGGAAAGGACAGAGCUUGAAUGCAAUACUUUGCUCCAAAAUGCAGGCUUUCCUCGUUACAGAUUAAUCACCAAACCUGGAUUGCCAUCUAUAAUUGAAGCUUAUGUAGAAUAAAUUGUUGACAUCCCUCUAAGUUCAUGAUGAGGAAUACUUAUAUCUGUAUCUACUAUCUAGUAAGCAUAGUAACAUAAUGAAAUUAUUUCAAAGGGAUUA